AUGGAUAGUACAUGUGCGGAUGGCCGUUUUGAGCUUUCAGCGCUACAAGGUGUCAUCAUACCCACAACAUUCCAGGCACUGGCACGACGCAUUCGAAUGGAAGAAAUACGUAGUGCUAACAUCGGAAACAUUGAGUCGUGUCCGUUUUGUGACUUCGCGGCUGUCUUGGAAAAUCAGGAGGACCGUAUAUUUCACUGUUUAAAUCCAAUUUGCCAAAAAGAAUCAUGCAGAGAAUGCCACGGAGAAUCGCAUGUUCCAUUACGAUGUGAGGAGGUCGAAAAAGAUUUUGAGACUAAAAAGCGUAAAUUCAUCGAGGAACGUAUGUCAGAAGCAGUGAUCCGAAAGUGCCCGCAAUGUAUGCAGAGAGAAUGUCACGGAGAAUCUCAUGUUCCAUUGCGAUGUGAGGAGGUUGAAAAAGAUUUUGAGACUAAAAAGCGUAAAUUCAUCGAGGAACGUAUGUCAGAAGCAGUGAUCCGAAAGUGCCCGCAAUGUAUGCAGAGCAUUACUAAAGAAACAGGAUGUAACAAGAUGACGUGUCCGUGUGGUACCUUCUUUUGUUAUGUGUGCAAUGCAAAACUUUCGCAAAGAAACCCAUACGGUCAUUUUGACAACGAUGGUUGCCCACAGGACACUCCGCUGAAGCAGUUGCAUGAGGAAGUUGCAAGACGAGCAGGCCUGGAAGCUUUGCAAAUAUUUCACGAAGAAAACCCGGAAACAGUUAAUAUGAAGACGCCGGAUAUUGAUCAAUUAUCUGGAGUGGAGGUAAAGAAACGAAAGAAACCACGUAACCCAACUCCACACCCUCGACGGGAAAUGGUGCAUUUUUGA